UCAACUGCCGGCAAUCCCUGCGUGAACCGUGUAUUUCGUGCCGGUAAAGUACAGUCAUCAGUAAGCAGAGAGAGAGAGAGUACGAAACUGGCAGAUGAUGAUCAUAGGGUCCUUUUUAAAUCAGGUGUUCUCUUUUGUGUUUGAACAUGGCUGGGGAAAUGUCCAUUCUGGGGUCAGCUAUCCUUGCUCUUUUUCUGGCUGGUUAUCUGGGACAGCAAUACUUACCACCCCCCAAGCCAAAAGUAAUUGGUAUUGACCUUGGCACUACAUUCUGUUCGGUUGGAGUGUUCCACCCGGGACUGGGGGAGGUGGAGGUGAUUGGUGAUUUGCAGGGACGGAAGAGCAUCCCCAGUGUGGUCUCAUUCACGGUCUCUGGCAUCCAUUCUGGGUAUGAGGGGCAGGACCUGGCUGACGCCAAUCCUCUCAACACCAUCUACGAUGCCAAGAGAUUCAUUGGGAAGCUGUUCACCCCCGAGGACUUGGAAAGGGAAAGCACUCCAUACCAGUUUCAGGUUUUGCAUCGCAAUGGGAGUGCUGAAUUUUCCAUCUCGACCAAUAGAACGUUCACUGUUACUCCGGAGUAUAUCAGCUCCCGCCUGCUGUUAAACAUGAAGAAGAUGGCGGAGCGUCACCUCGGGGUCCUGAUCAGCAAGGCGGUCAUCUCAGUGCCUGCAGAUUUUGAUGAAAGGCAGAGGAACUACACCGUCCGGGCAGCAAACCUAGCAGGUCUGGAGGUCCUGCGUGUUAUCAAUGAGCCCACAGCAGCUGCCAUGGCGUAUGGGCUACACAAGGUAGAUGUGCUCAAUGUGCUGGUGGUGGACCUAGGAGGGGGGACCCUGGACGUCUCCUUAUUAAACAAACAGGGAGGGAUGUUUCUCACCAGAGCUAUGGCAGGUAAUAAUAAGCUGGGAGGACAGGACUUUAACCAGAGGCUGCUGCAGCAUGUAUUUACCCGCGUCCAUGAGCAGUAUGGAGCCCUGCCCUCCCACGAAGGAGACAUUCACACCUUGAGGCAGGCUGUGGAAGCAGCCAAACUCAACCUGACCUUUGGGCAGACCUCCGUGAUCCGAGUGCCCCUCUCCCUGCGGGGCAGCGCGGGCUCCGUUGUUUAUGAGGACGUUCUGACCAGGCAGCUCUUUGAGGAUCUCAACGCAGACCUGUUCCAGAAGAUCCUCACGCCCAUCGAGGAGGUGCUGAGGGAAGGCCGGCUGGACAAGUCGGAAGUGGAUGAGAUCGUUCUGGUUGGGGGUUCCACGAGAAUCCCGCGGAUUCGGCAGAUUAUCGCUCAGUAUUUUGGGAUGGAGCCCAACACGUCCGUGGACCCGGAGCUGGCAGUGGUGACCGGAGUGGCCCUGCAGGCAGGGAUCAUGGGGGGGUCCUGGCCCUUGCAGGUCAGUGCCAUAGAGAUUCCCAACAGACACCUGAGGAAGACCAACUUCUUAUAAUGGUCAAGACACUGGGCACGGGCACGGCAGCCUUACAGGGCAGCUAUUAAAGCUUUCUUUACAGGACUGCGGACUGGGUGGCAGGAUAGAUUUAUUUAUUUAUACUUCAGGGUGUCUGGUUACCCAUACCUUUAAAAUGUUGAUCCCUUCAUACCAAAAACAGCCUACUGUAAGCAUCAUGUUCAUCAACACGAGAUGUUUCUUGUAAAAGUAAAAGUGUGCCAGUGUGAUUGCUGUCUGUGUGGAAACCAUCCAGUAAGCCCCAGCAUGAAGACAUGCCCUUCCUGGAGCUGGCUCUCCCUGUUUACGGGGUUCAGCUUUGCACCCUUGUAUUAUAGCAGCGCACACACCCUUUACUGUAUAUGGGUUAGGGUUUGGAUUCCAUGAAAGUCUGUGAAGCUUUUAACCUCUAUGCCUCCCCGGAACACCAUGUGAUCGAUGACGUCAUAGAUCUAGGAGUGUCCUCAUUGGUGUAAUUCUUAUACUAUGUUUUUAAUACUCUUUGAGUCUGCAGACACAUGCUUGUGUUUGAAGUACAGUCCUGGAGGAUGUGUUCUCUUCUAAACUUUUAUUUCUAGAAUGGAUAAAAGGACCAAAGCAAAAUGAAAGGUUCUUCUUUUUUGGCAUGAAGGGGGCGAGAUACAGACAGGACUGUUCUGAGUUACUUGAAUGUUAAAAUAUUGAAAGAGUCAGAGCUCACAUCAACAGCCUGGGUAUAUUCAUUUGCUGCUUAGAUCUGGUAAAGUCUCUAAAUCUGCAGCUGUCUCUUCUUCGUGCAGUUUCAUUGUGACAAAGCAUACAAAGUGACCUGUUCUGUACAUGAUGCUUGCUGUGUAAAAAAAUAUCCAGAGAAGGAGAAGAUUGGCAUUAUAAAUGCUGCAUUCCGACUCGUGUGGAGUCCAUUCGAAGUGUUGUUGAAAAUGCUGAUUUUUCCAAGCGACUUUUUUACAGUUGAGUUGCUGUUUCCAUGGAUCAUUUCCAUGGUAAUGUUCUUGAAUGAUUGUUUCCAGUUAUGAUGGGAAAUCCUUUUUUGUGUUCUGACGAGGGGGGCGCAGUAACAUCUCAUCUCAUUGGGAAUGUGUUCUGAGGAGGGGGGUGCAGUCACAUCUCAUUGGGAAUGUGUUCUGACGAGGGGGGCGCAGUAACAUCUCAUUGGGAAUGUGUUCUGACGAGGGGGGCGCAGUAACAUCUCAUUGGGAAUGUGUUCUGACGAGGGGGGCGCAGUAACAUCUCAUCUCAUUGGGAAUGUGUUCUGAGGAGGGGUGCAUUAACAUCUCCUCACAGGGUGAGGGAAAGAAACUGUCAGAUAUGUAAUAUAAUAUAAAGAUAAUAUUUCAUUCCUUUCUCUCUCUUUGUGAAGUCUCUGCCUUAUCAGUGAGUGUUUGGUGUUUGAAUCACUGUUUUGACACUGUAUCCCAUACUGUACAGCUAUGGACAAGAGUUUAGCAUCAUCCUAUAGACUGAACUCACUGUGCUUCAUCAAGUCGAAUGAACCCUGCUGAACAAUGUUACGUUAACAUGUUGAAUUACACACCGCUUUGUAGUACUUGACAUGAUACUUCAUGAAAAACUGACAAAUAAAAGAUGGGACACUUCCAGAUCUAACAUGAAAUACUGUAA